AUGGAAGACGAGGUCACGUCUGGGACCUGCGACCUGUGCGCAUCAGCCGUAGACGGCGCCACAGACGCCGCAGAGACGGUCUCAUGCUCCUGGCACGGCAAGGGCUGCGAGGCCUUCAUUUACCAUUCCAAAUGUCUCGUGAAGUUCCGGAAGGCCAACCCUUCUCGCGACGGCGCGCACCGCUUCCGGUGCCCCAACGGCAGCGGGAAGGGGCCGGGCCUGGGGCCCAACGUGCCGUGCCGGGGCGUCAUUAUGAACGUGCACGAGGUCGUGGUGAAGAAAGCUAAGAAGAAGGCCCCGGCGGUCCCCCCGCCGGCGCCACCGCGCGCGCCGCAGCCCAAGCAGCAGCAGUCAAAGCAGCAGCAGCCCAAGCCCACGCCCGCGCCCGCGCCGCGCCCCGCGCCGCCGCAGCGGGUGCCCACGCCGCCCGUGCCGCGGGCGGCGCCGGCCGCCGCCAGCGCGUGGAGGCCGGCGUCGGCGCCCGGCCCGCGGGACGCUGAUGAGUGGUUCGGAGAGGGUCAAGAGGAGGAGGACGAGGAGGAAGAGGAGCAGCAGCAGCAGCAGCUUCCGGUCGGCUACCUGGUAGAGCAGGCGCUGACUAAAGCGCAGCGCAAGAACCUGAAGCGGCGGGAGAAGCUCAAGGAGCAGCAGCAGCAGCAGCAACAGCAGCAGCAGCAGCAGCAGCAGCAGGCGGCGAGCUCUGACGCCCCCUCCGGGUCCUCGGGCGGCGAGCUCGAAGCCGGCGGGGCCCGAGGCGCGGGCGCGGGCGCCGCGAUGAGCGCCGGCGACAUAAUGGGGGGCGGCAGUGACCUUGGCUUGCAGCAGCAGGCGGGAGGUCAAGGGGACCACGAUGAGGACGAAGAGGAUGUGGAUGAGCUCAUGGCGUUGAUGGGCCUGACUGCAUGA